AUGACUCUCGAUCUCGACGCCUCGCUGGCGCUGCUGCGCACGUGCAAGUACCUGCCCGAGGCCGACAUGACGGCGCUCUGUGCGCGCGUCAAGGCGCUGCUGCUCGAGGAGAGCAACAUCCAGCCCGUGCAGAGCCCCGUGACCGUGUGCGGCGACAUCCACGGCCAGUUCUGGGACCUCCUCGAACUGCUGCGCGUCGGCGGCGAGCCGCCCGAGACGGGAUAUGUGUUCAUGGUGAGUGCUGCCUGCCCUUGCGAGCUUGCGAUGCUUGCGAGCUUGCACAAAGUGUGGGCGCCGAGCUCGGUGCAAAAAGGCGCGAGGCGGAGCGGCGGGCGGGCGAGAUGCCAGCACAAAUACGGCAAUGCCAACGUGUGGAAGGCGUGCUGCCAGGUCUUCGACUAUCUCAAUCUCGCUGCUAUCAUCGACGGCCGCGUCCUCUGCGUGCACGGCGGCCUCUCGCCCGACGUGCGCACGCUCGACCAGAUCCGCAUCAUUGCGCGCGCCCAGGAGGUGCCGCACGAAGGCGCCUUCUGCGACUUGAUGUGGAGCGACCCGGACGACAUUGAGACGUGGAAUGUCAGCCCGCGCGGCGCGGGCUGGCUCUUUGGCGCGACGGUCACCAAGGAGUUCAACCAGAUCAACGGCCUCGACCUGAUAGCGCGGGCGCAUCAACUCGUGCAAGAAGGCUACAAACUGAUGCACGACAAUGCCAUCGUGACGGUGUGGUCGGCGCCCAACUACUGCUAUCGUUGCGGCAACGUGGCCUCCAUCUUCCGCGUCGACGACCUGCUGGCGCCCGGGCGCGCCGCGCAGCUGCUGCCCGACGAGGAGCACGGCGCAGAGGCCAACGGCGGCGGCGGCGUCGGAAGGGAUCACUUUCGCAUCUUCGAGGCGGUGCCCGAUCAAGAUCGCACAACACCAGCACGCAUGAACCUCACGUCUGCGCAAUAUUUCCUCUAG